AUGGCGCUGAAUUGGGAAGCGGCGGGCGUGCGGAGCAGCUGCUGGCGAGGCCCCAGCCGUUCCGAGAGCCCGCGGCCCUGCCAGGUGCUGCUCGGCACGAGGUGGCGCCUUCCGAGUGAUGCCGGGGGCGGCCCCUGGCCCCGGCGGCAUUGGCGUGUGAGCGCGUGGUCUCUGCCAGUGGAGAACACCAGCUCCUCCCGCCCAGAGCGAGCUGAAGCCGCCGCCAGCCUGUGUGCGUCCCGCUGCUCCCGACGCCGGCGGCAGGUUCACGGGCGCCUGUGCUUCAGGUGCACCUUCCGCUUCCCCAGCACGGUCAUCAAGAUCCAGUUCACAGCACUCUACCACCAGGAGGAGGCCCCCGCCUCACCGCUGCGGCCGCUCUACCCCCAGAUCUCCCCUCUGAGGAUCCACAUUCCGGAGCCGGACCUCCGGAGCCUGGUCAGCCCCAUCCCCUCCCCGACCGGCACCAUCAGUGUUCCCAACUCCUGCCCGGCCAGUCCACGUGGGGCCGGCUCCUCCAGCUACCGAUUCGUCCAGAACGUGACCUCGGACCUGCAGCUGGCCGCGGAGUUCGCCGCCAAGGCCGCCUCGGAGCAGCAGGCAGACGCGUCCGGAGGAGACAGCCCCAAGGACGAGUCGAAGCCGCCCUACUCGUACGCCCAGCUGAUCGUGCAGGCCAUCUCCUCGGCGCAGGACCGGCAGCUGACACUAAGCGGCAUCUACGCCCACAUCACCAAGCAUUACCCCUACUACCGGACGGCCGACAAGGGCUGGCAGAACUCUAUUCGCCACAACCUCUCCUUGAACCGCUACUUCAUCAAAGUGCCCCGCUCCCAGGAGGAGCCCGGGAAGGGGUCCUUCUGGCGCAUCGACCCGGCCUCCGAAGCCAAGCUGGUGGAGCAGGCCUUCCGGAAGCGCAGGCAGCGGGGCGUCUCCUGCUUCCGCACCCCCUUCGGACCGCUGUCCUCCAGGAGCGCUCCGGCUUCACCCACCCACCCCGGGCUGAUGUCCCCUCGCUCCAGCGGCCUACAGACUCCAGAGUGCCUGUCUCGAGAGGGCUCCCCCAUUCCACACGACCCUGACUUUGGGUCGAAGCUCGCCUCUGUUCCAGAGUACCGCUACUCCCAGAGCGCGCCCGGCUCUCCCGUCAGCGCCCAGCCCGUGAUCAUGGCUGUGCCCCCCCGACCUCCUAGUUUAGUGGCCAAGCCCGUGGCCUACAUGCCUGCGUCCAUCGUGACGGCACAGCAGCCCCCAGGCCACGCCAUCCACGUGGUGCAGCAGGCGCCCCCCGUCACCAUGCUCAGGGUGGUCACGUCCUCCGCCAGCUCCGCCAACGGGUACAUCCUCACCACCAACCAGGCCUCGGCAGGGGGCGCCCACGAAGCCGCAGGCACCGCGGUGCUGGACCUGGGCAGUGAGGCGAGAGGCCUGGAGGAGAAGCCCACCAUCGCCUUCGCCACCAUCCCCGCCACCAGCCGAGUCAUCCAGACGGUGGCCAGCCAGAUGGCCCCUGGCGUCCCCGGGCACACGGUCACCAUCCUGCAGCCGGCCACGCCCGUGAGCAUCGGGCAGCACCCUCUUCCGGUCCGGGCCGUCACGCAAAACGGAAGGCACGCGGUCCCCACCAAUAGUGUAGCCGGCAGCGCUUACGCCCUCACGAGCCCCCUGCAGCUCCUGGCGGCCCAGGCCAGCUCGUCCACUCCCGUGGUGGUCGCCCGGGUGUGCGAGGUGGGGCCCGAGGAGCCAGCAGCCGCCACCACCACCGCCACCGCCACGUCAGCCACCACCGUCACCUCUGCCGCCGCCACCGGGGAGCCCGAGGUGAAGAGGUCCCGGCUGGAGGAGCCCAGUGGGACUGUGAGCGCGCAGGCCGGGGUCAUCACCACUGCCGGCCCGCAGGGGCCCGGGACCGGGGAGUGACGUCCCCCAGGAGGUGGAGUGGGACGCACGCCAAAGGGAACUGUGGGCUGGACCACGACGCCCACAUCGCCGCCUGGGACCGAGCACACACCACACGGACAGGCCGGCCCGCCCGCCUGCUCCUGACACUCGUCCUCCCUGCCGGCACCUCCUGCCCCUGCCGCAGUCGAGACUAAACAUAAACGCGUUCAGACAGCUGA